AUCUUGAGUGGGGAAGAUGUGUUUUGUUUCCAAAAGCAGUUGUUGCGCAACAGGGGUUGUGCAACAGUGUUUAUUGCUACUGACCGAAAAAGAAGAGGAGAAAAGUCAACCAAGCGGUGAAAGAACACAGAGAAGACACGAUGUCGAAUUCUGCGCGCUCUCAGGGGACCACUCAGAAGUGUCCAGAUGAGUCCCGUGAAAAGAGAACAUCAGACUGGGAGCUGUUUGAGACCAACCUAGGGGCGUCAGACCAGCACCGAUCAGCAAUGGAGGCAACCCAAAUUCAUCUCCAGCCUUACUUGCUUCAACCCCGCAUGUUUGGGCGCAUGUUGGUGUACAACAGCAGAGUCCGCCCUGUCCUCACUCACGCCUCUUUCCAAGGACGCGUGUAUAACUUUUUGGAAAGGCCGUCCGGCUGGAAGUGCUUCGUUUAUCACUUCACUGUGUUCCUCGUAGUUAUUGCUUGCCUGAUUCUCAGCAUUCUGUCAACCAUGCCCAUCUAUCACCUCUUUUCCUUCUCGGUUCUCUUCUGGGUGGAGAUUUCCCUUGUGGUCUUUUUAGGUUUGGAAUAUAUUUUCCGGCUUUGGUCAGCAGGUUGUCGCAGUAUGUAUGUUGGCUUCUGUGGACGACUGCGAUUUGCAAGGAAGCCAAUAAUUAUCAUCGAUCUCAUUGUUGUGGUUUCCUCAAUCAUCGUGUUAGCGGUUGGCUCCGAAGGACAGGUGUUUGCAACCUCUGCUGUGAGGGGGAUCCGUUUCCUGCAAAUACUCCGUCUGCUCCAUGUAGACCGCCAGGGAGGAACGUGGCGUCUCCUGGGGUCUGUUGUCUCUGCCCAUCGCCAGGAGCUAAUCACAACACUGUAUAUUGGCUUUCUGUGCCUCAUCUUCGCCUCAUAUUUGAUCUACCUGGCAGAAAGGGAAACCACAGGCAUGCUUGAAACAUACGCUGAUGCCCUGUGGUGGGGAGUGGUAACAGUGACAACGGUUGGCUAUGGAGACGUCAUACCUCUGACGUGGCUUGGGAAGAUCAUUGCAUCUUGUUUUUCUGUCUUUGCCAUAUGCUUCUUUGCACUCCCUGCAGGAAUAUUAGGCUCAGGCUUUGCACUCGAGGUGCAGCAGAAGCAAAGACGGAAACAUUUUAACAGACAAAUCCCUGCUGCUGCUCGUGUCAUCCAGACAUCAUGGAGAUGCUUUGCAAUGGAAAACUGCAAUUCGGCCACGUAUAAGAUGUUUUUGAGGAAGAGAUCUAACGCUCUUAACUCUUCACUGUCGACUCCAAUGCCGAAGAAAUUGGAGAAGUGUAACGAGGACACUGCUUCAAAUGGUCUCACAGUUCCAAACAUGGUCUCUGUCUCUUCUUAUGACAGUGACAGGAACAACUUUUUGAGUUCUGACGUGUGCAACGCUAUGGACACCGAGAGGAGCCGUGGCCUUCUGGAUGUUAACCCUCCCUCUGGCCUGAAGAGGAACUGCAGUUUUGAAGACAACCUUGAGCAGGAGUCGGAGCGAGACAGUGUACUGACCGCAGCUAUCUCCAUAUCACAACUAACUGAAUCCCAUAGACGGGCUAUCCGUGUGAUCCAGAAAAUGCGCUAUUUUGUGGCGAAGAGCAAGUUCCAGCAAGCUCGUAAACCAUAUGAAGUCCGAGAUGUGAUUGAGCAAUACAACCAUGGUCAUCUCAACCUAAUGGUGCGGAUCAAGGAACUCCAGAGAAGACUCGACCAGUCAUUAGGCAAGAUAACUUCAUUUCAGACAGGAACUGAUCGGGCCAAAGACAAGGGAAGCAACUCUAUUGGAUCCCGACUCAGCAGGAUGGAGGACAAGAUCUCACACAUGGAUCUGAUGCUGAACCGCAUUGCACAAUCUCUCAGUAUUCUGCCAGACGAGAGGGAUGCCAUUGGGGGCGAACGUGAGGGAAGACCGAAGCCACCGCCUGGCCACAGCAGCAGUGUCAAUCGCAGUCAGGAUGGUCUCCCAAUCUAUGAGCAGCUGUCUACCAAGUUGGACAACAGCAACUGAUCGGUCCAUCUAUCUAUCCAGCAACUUUCUCUUUUGUAACUCAUAUAUCAAAUAUUAUUUCACCUAUGCUCAGAUACCAUGUAGAUAUGUAUCCUCAGUAUCUAAUCAUCAUUGGAAUGACAUCAGGGCAAGGUGGGAGAACACUUACCUUUCUCAUCUUAAUUGACCUCAGCGCUGCUUUUGACACCAUAAAUCACUCCAUCUUUCUCACCUGUCUUGAGUCCUCCUUUAACAUCACUGGCACUGCUCUCUCCUGGUUAAACACACCUCUAUCAUUGCUGCUUAUACCCAUAUCCGUAACCUUGGCGUCAUCUUUGAUCAGUCACUCUCAUUUGAAACCCACAUCACCAAAACUGCCUUCUUUCACCCGAAAAAUAUUGCCCGUAUUCGCCCCUCUCUCACACCCACUCAGCUGCCGAAACACUGAUUCACGCCUUUAUCACCCCAAGACUCCACUACUGCAAUAACAUCCUUUAUAGCUUGCCCACCAAAAUCCUCAACA